CAGAACGACCAACAUAAAGACAGGAAAAACAAACAAAAAAUGCUGAUGUUUUCCAUGUGAUCCCAUUACAAUUUAUUCCUAGCUUCUGCAUUUAAUUUUUGGUCGAGCCAUUUGGAAUGCCAUGUCGUCAAUUUUGCAAUUUUCAUUUGGAUUUUUUUUAAGUAUUGUUAAAGGAUUCCGGGAUAUCUUGUGCUGUUUGAUUAGAGUAUAUUUUAACAGUUGUGCGUGGCCACGUUUGCUACGCUAGAACUUAAUUUUCUUAUAAUUGCGCCAAUUAUUCUGCUGAUAAUUAAUGUGCUUAUCCUCAAAGAUCAAAUCGAUAUCCAUUCGAUUGAAUUCGGAACCCCAUCACUACAUCCUGUGACAUUGACGUAGAUCAUAACCUGUGAAAAUUCAAAAAUAAAAUUUUUCCAAAUUUGAUUGUGACUUCGAAACCGUAUUUCUAGUUGUUUACAUUUACAUUUUUCACUUAUCCGUGUUUGUACUCAACAUGAGGUUGCUGAAGAGCAGUACCCUGAAGCUUCUUGUAAGGCAUGGGAUCAGUUAUUCUAGAUGUGUUUCUGAAGGGUUUUCAAACAAGUAUUCUACAAUUACAAAACCAGAGCAAGAACUUAUCGCCGUCAAAGGGGUUAAUUUAAACAAAUAUAUACAGUCCUUAGAGAACGAGUACAAUUCACUAACUAAAAACCAAGUCCAAAAUCACAGAUAUGUAGAGCUUCAAUCUAUCAUGAAGGUAUUGCAAGAGAGACGGGCUGUUGUAGAAAAUAUAAAUAACUUGAAGGAAUUACUGUCAUCAGAAGACAAGGAAAUGAAGCAACUCGCCGAGGAAGAAAAGAAGAAAUUUGAAACCAAUCUGAAUAAACUUGACAAUAACCUGAUUGAGUCUCUGAUACCACUGGACAAAGAAGACGCAUGUGAUACUAUGGUUCUAGAAGUGCAGGCAGGUGUUGGUGGACAAGAAGCAAUGCUUUUUGCUAAAGAAUUGUUUGAUAUGUACAGCAAUUUUGCACAAUACAAAGGGUGGCAGUUGGACUUGGCAGAGUAUCUCACAACAGAUGUAGGUGGUCUGCGAAAUGCUAUAGCAAUCAUAAAUGGCAAACAGUCUUAUAGGUACUUCAAACAUGAAGCAGGCAUUCACAGAGUACAAAGGAUUCCAGCCACUGAAAAAGGUGGUAGAGUCCACACAAGUACUGCUUCGGUUAUAGCAAUGCCUCAACCCUCUGAAGUCGAGGUCAAAAUCGAUCCUAAGGACCUCAGGAUAGAGACAAAAAGAUCCUCAGGAGCUGGGGGCCAACAUGUCAACAAAACGGAGAGUGCUGUGAGGAUAACGCAUUUGCCUACAGGAGUUUCAGUUGAAUGUCAAGUGGAUCGAUCACAAAUAAAGAAUAGGAAAAUGGCCAUGGCUAGAUUAUCCGCCAUUCUGUAUGAUAGAGAGCAAGAGGCACUACGAGCACAGAUUGAAAGUACAAAGAAGAGUCAAGUUAAAACAAAAAACAGGAAUGAGAAGAUCAGAACAUAUAAUUAUAACCAGAACAGAGUGACUGAUCAUCGGUAUGCUAUCAAUGUCCACAAUUUACAGGCAUUUUUGGAGGGUGGGCAAGUAUUGGAGGAACUAAUCACUGAAAUAGAUGGACACUAUAGGCUAGAAAAUUUAUUUAGUCUUGUGAAUAAUGCCAAAUAAAGUUUUACAGUGAUUGUGGGCAGUGAAUCAAUUUAAGAACAGC